GUGAUCGACCUGCACUGCUGCGAGCAGGUGGACGCUGGGCUCACCUUCAAGAGGAAGGAGUUCCAGGACAGCUUCGUCUUCGACCUCAAGACCUCCGACCGCACCUUCUACCUGGUGGCCGAGACCGAGGACGACAUGAACAAGUGGGUGCGCAGCAUCUGCCAGAUCUGUGGCUUCAACCAGUCCGAGGAGAACAACGAUGCUACCAGAUCCAUGAGGCCUUCAACCCAUGCUCCCCGCUCCACACCAGCAGAUUUGAGUGGUUCUGUCCCUCCACUAAUAGGGGAGCGGAAAUCUUCAGCCCCCGCACACUCCAGCCACCCUGUUCUCUUUACCUUUGACUCCCCACUGCGUCACUCCCAGACCAAUCUCUCCACCAGCGCCCCCCAGGAUUAUCUAUUCCUACAUCAGUGCAGGAGCAUGAAAAGUGAGAACGUCAGGAGUGCCAGCUUCUCCCAGGCCACGCGGUCCUCCCUGUUGAUCGGCAGCGACACAGCGGUGCAGAAACUAUCCCAAGGUUUCGCGCACUGCCUCAACGGGAUGGGCGCCCAGCUACACAGCUUCUACAGCCUGCCCAAACCCAGCAAGCACCAGCAUCCCUCUCUGGAGGAGCAGCCGAGGAACUCUAGCUACGACCUGCCCAGAAGCUUCGGCUCGGAGGGGCACGUGCGGGCCAGCCUGUCCGGGCUGGAGCUGGAGAAUGAGGAGGUAUACACCUUCAAGACCCCCAACAACGCCCUGGCCACCGACAACUACGACCUGCCCACCUUGCCUGGCUCUGUCUACCAGAUCCCCCGCACCUUCACCUUUGACAGGAAUCACAAUGCGCUGGGCAUGGGGGCCACUGACUCGCCCGGAGCUCCGCCACCGCGGCCCCCCAAACCGGGGCAGAUAUCCGAGCAGUGGGGCAUCAUACAGCACAACGGGGAAAGCGCCUCUGUGGCUGCCAUCCCCCGGAGGAACACGCUGCCCGCAGUGGAGAACUUCAGGCUGUAUCGAGCCUCCUCUUUUGAGACGAACGACCACCCUCAGCAGCUCAGCUUCAGCAGUAGCAGCCAGUCCGUAGAGUCGGUUAACGACGGCUUCAGCUCCUAUCUUAGGACAAAGGCUGCUGUGGCUCGUUCGGACAGCGGCGACUCUGAAGACAAUUACGUGCCAAUGAACCCGGGCUCCUCCUCCUCUCCCUUUAACACUGCGUCAGCCAACAACCCUCAGGGCAUCUACAUUCCAAUGAGCCCUGGCCCACACCACUUCCACUUCCCAACGGUCUCCUCGGCAACCCUCCCGACGCGCAAGAGAAGCACUGCCUCCCUGUGCCAUCGGCCUGGGCGUCUCAGUGACAUCACACCUCCCCCCGUCGACCGCAACCUUAAACCAAAACCAACACCUCUGGAUUUGAGAAACAACCUUGUUAUUGAUGAGCUCCCACACAAGUCUCCAGUCACCAAGUCCUGGAUCAGACCAGUGCCAGUCAUGAACUCUAUCUCCACACAAAACUGUCGACCCAUAUCCACACAAAGCAUUACCAGUACCGACUCAGCGGACAGUGAAGAUAACUAUGUUACAAUGCAAAAUCCUGUCUCUACCUCUCCUGCAAACAGUGGCACAAGCAGCCCUGCUUCCAGGAAGUGUGUCAAUGUUGACUACCUAGAUCUUGACUUUAAGCCGAAUUCACCGAUUCCACACAGAAAGCCCUCCACGUCCUCUAUCACCUCAGAUGAGAAGGUGGACUACGUGCAGGUAGACAAAGAGAAGACGCAGGCGCUGCAGAACACUAUGCUGGAAUGGACAGAUGUUCGACAGUCUUCAGAAUCUGCCAAGGGAAUGAAGUCCUGAUAGAGAAACGCCAAGACAGAACGAGACUGUUCCCUCAGAAUCAACGUGCUGUUCUCAACUCUAGCCCUGAUAUCGCCAGUACUAACAAUGUUAUUUAAAAAACAAACAACAACGACCUACAUUUUCUUUGUGAAACAGAAUUUACUGGAGGUCUGUACUAUUACGAUUGGUUCAUUUUAGCAAACAAGAAACAUUUUUCGUAAGCUUUACAGCACAUACUGGUCAUUCUCCUGUGGUGCAUGUCUUCUCACUGUGUCAAGAAGGCAGUGAAAGAAUACAUAGAUGAGUCCAGGAAGAUGGGUACUGAAUAGGUGUACCUUUUAAGGCAUUAAUGCUCACUAUAUGUAUAUCUGGCUCUGCACUGUUUUUUCUCACUACAAGAACCAAACCAUGAUGGAAUUUGAAAAAAAAAGGUCUACAGUCUCUUCAGGUCCAGUAAAAUAAAUGAAAACAACUACAAUGCAAAACUCAGUUCCAAAGUUAAAGUCAAAUAUAUACAUAAAAAAUAUACACUUUAUGUUGAUGGUUCUGCAAGAUCAGAAACCUUAAAAACAAAUUUUGAGUCAUAAUGCUUAGAAACAGGGUCAAUUUCAUACUGCCCAUUACAAAUGCGCACACGGUAUUUGGGCAGCAUGCUAUGUUGUCUUAAUGAACUAUGUAUUUGGAAAGCAAAGAUGUUGGAUUACAAUAUUGGGGCUAUGUGCUUCAGUCUUCCAAGGGUUCCUUCAGAAUAAAUACAAUGGAGGAGCACAGUAAUGUUCCUAAUUUGUACACAUAUAAGCCCGUUUUUAAUCAGAUGUGGAAACCAGUUUAUUAAUUUAAGUGACUGUAUAUAAAUGUGCACGUUUUAUUCUUCUGUAAUCCACUAAUCCCUGGACAGUAUUGCAUUCAGUGCUGCACAAGUGAAAUAGGUUAACUAUAGUGAAGAAUAUUCGUUUUUUACAAAGCAGGAUUGCGCUGCAGCUGAGUGUAUACGUGGUCUACUGUAUGAUGCUUUGAUGUAUCAUCUGCCAGUGCCCAUGGCUAACAGAAAUGAAAACACAGGUUUUUAACUCACAGCCUUUUUAAAUGCUGCCUUGAUGGCGUACUUACUUUAAAAGCCAGGUUCCUUACUUCAGUUCCUAUUGCAACACUGCCCUGCUAAAAUGUAUGUAUUCCAAGCAUAACCCUAGAAUACAAUUAAAUUACAACACUCAUAUAUCCUUUCAGAAACUUUAAAAAAGAAUCAAAUAACAAGAGACAAGAACUGUGAUAACAAAAACUGCUAAAAGCCGCUAAAAGGAUAGCACCACCAUCAUUAAAUCCUAGACUAAUGGUUUUGAGAAAAGACCACUGAACUACUGAAACGCUUAAGCAUCUAUGCGAACUAAUGUGCUGUUCGGUUGGUCUUGUUCCAAAUGAUAAACACAUGAUAAGUUUACCCAUAAGUUAUUCAGCCUGCGUUUACAAACUAAACACACAAGGGUAUAGAGAACGGCCAACUUGUGUUUGAAAGUUGUUACUUAUUUUUUAUUAUGGCUUUGUUUUUGGUUUUUUUGAAAGAAUGAAAUCAAGAAAGAACUUUUUACUUAAGCUGUUGUAUGCUUUUAAAAUGUUGUUUUUCACCUUUUUUUUUAAACAAAUGUUUACAUUAAUUGUGUUGCAUUUUUCUAUGAUUAUUGUCGAAUUCAAUAUUUAAAAGCAAAUACAAAAAAAAAAAAAAAACAUACAUUCUGAAUAGAGAGCCAAGCAGUGGACAUGCAUGUGCACCCUUCCACCGAGUGAAACAAGCACACUGCAAGAGGCCGGGAGGACAGCCACCAGUUAAAUUCGUUCUGAAGGAUCACGGAGGGAGGUUUGGCUUGAAGUAGCAUGCGUGGCUAAAAUAUGUAACAGCCAAAAAACAGUGCAACUCAAAGCCCUGUCACACAUCUCAAGAGUAAGCCAUUUAAAGCUCUGUGCAUGCAAGCUUUGCAUCUACUGUGAGCCCAUUUCUGGAAACCCAUCCUGCAAUGAAAGUGAAAAUGAGCUCUUGAUACAGGCCAGAGCAGCUACACCGGAAAACAUGAAGACACCCUGGAGGGCCAGCCUCAGUUCUUAUCAUUGGAUCGGAUGAGAUACAGGGGUCUUGUUUGGGAGUGUGCAGACUGUCCCAGAGCCCAGUGUGCAGCAAACGCAAGCCUAUCAUGAAAUCAAUAUCGACUGAUAAUCCCUCGGAACCGUAACAACACAAAUGGCAUUUAUCUAUCAAUAUAUGCUUUUAUUGGGGGAAACACUGAAUCAGUCUUUCUUAAUUUAAUGGGGGGUGGGGGCAGCACUGUUAUUGCUUUCAAUCAGGUCCAAGAUUUCUAAGUGGGCUGGGACCACUUGUAUUUAAAGUUUUAAUUUAAACGUGAAAGUGCAUUACAUUUUUAAAAGUUAUUUUUUAACUGACAAGCUGACUUGGUUUGGCGCUGUGGCCAGUCACCCUGUGCGGUGCUUGUUUUUGCUUUUUACACAAGUCAAUAGAUAAAGGAAAUGCCAUUUGUGAUAAAGUCUUAUGCCACAGAUCACCAUAUAAACAGAGUAAUCGUGAGCCAGUUUCUUCUGAGUGUAUGGCGUUCACCAUGCUUGUUCUUAGGACUAUAUUUUAACCCUUACCCAACAAAUCUAACUACAGUAUCUGCCAGUCCUGCUAAACAGCAAAAGGCCUUAGAAAGGCAGAAUGCAGUAACUUUUUUUUAACUAAUCUGUCAUCCUGUUGUUUGCAAGCAUUGAUGUUUUUCUGCGAGGCAAGGUGAGAUUUUUAGUACCACCAGUCCUAAUGGGAAAGGGUUGAAGUAGUGAUACAGUGACUGUCAAAACUGUUGUUUAAUGCCUGGAGGGGCUGGAUGAAUUUGUGUGUCUUCAGCAGGACAAACAGAAGGGGCCCUGUACUGUUAAUAUGUAAAAGGUGAGCUGGGUGAGAGAGCUACUAAAGCAACAUCCUUGUUUCCAAACCUCUGUACUAAAACUGUGUAAAUCUAGUGGUGUAAGGUUGCUUUUUUCUGUAUUAUUGUAAAGCCUUUUACAUCUUAAUGUGGAUAGUUAGUAAGAUAAUUUAUUAAUUUAUUCAGUGUUUCUGUCUUUUUUUUUAAAUAAUAAAAACAAACAAAAACCGCUCUACUAACAUUAAUUUAUGCUUUGUGUCUUGGUUCUGUGAAGCAGUAUGCCACGUUAUUACUCUUGUUUAAUGGUAAAACAUGGUACACUUGGGAUAAACAUUGCUUAAUUGUCAUUAAUGUAUUAUACCAGAAAACAAAUAUGGAAAAUAAUAAACAAUAAAUUAUGAAGUGGAUUACUGCUGUUCUGAAUAUC